AUGCUGUAUUUCUUUGGGUUUCUCUUACUGCUGCGUGAUGUGGGAUCGUUCCGUUUCUUUAAUUUGGAUCAGUCAGCUCCUUUAAACGUUGAUCUUUAUGAGCCGAAGGAGACCCAUGUUAAAUUAGAUCACAGUGACUAUACGAAUACUGAUACAUUUAAGUUGAAGUAAGUCUCUGACGUGAAAAAGGCUAGUCAAUGUCAGGUACUUAAUCAACGGCACUCACUUUAAGCCUGGGGGGCCCUUAUUUUUUUAUGCUGGAAAUGAAGGGACGAUUGAAGGGUUCGCACGGAAUACUGGAAUUAUGUACAGCAUGGCACCAGCUUUCGAUGCCUUAAUUGUUUUCGGAGAGCAUCGAUAUUACGGUAAUGAGUCAUCAAUGCCCUUUGGAAAUGAAAGCUACACAGUAAGCAGUGUUCAUCAAGAUAAUUCUUAUAUUUUUUACUUAUGAUUAGAGUUUAUUCAGUCAGUUAAAAGAGCCCGUUAUUUAACAACGGAACAGACUCUUGGCGACUUUGCUCAACUUAUUAAUCAGCUUCGGGUUGAUUACAAUUUUUCCAAAGUAAUCGCUUUUGGCGGUUCGUAUGGUGGAAUGUUGGCUGUGUGGAUGAGACAGAAGUAUCCACAUAUCAUCCAUGGAGCGUGGGCCUCCUCUGCUCCUAUUGCUUACUUUAGAAAUGCAAAUGUAGAGCCUGAAGCGUUUUCUAGAGUGGUUUCUGAGACGUUGGAAAAGUUUGGUUGUGACCGGAAUACGGUAUCUGCGGCGUUCAAAGCCCUCGACAACCGUGAGUAAACAAUAACAUACAUAUUUAUUUGUAAUACAUCCUUUAUUUUCAGUCGAUUACAAGGACCUAAACCAAAUAUUUGAAAUAAAAAGGGAGUCUGAAUUAAAGGAAAACAAAGAUGUCCACUUAGUAAAAACAUAUGUAAGAGAAGCCUUGGAGUAUGGAGCGAUGACUGUUUAUCCAUACCCUGCCGAAUUUCUAGUACAACUACCUGCGUGGCAUCUGGUGGUACGUUUAUUGCGACUCAACAAAGACUGAAUUUUCCAGCCAACUUGUGCUCCACUAAGUCAGAAAAAUGUAACAGACAAUACACAACUGGCCAAGGCCUUGCACCAGGCUGCAAGUGUUUAUUACAAUACAACAGAAAGUUGCGUAAACCCGGAUUUUUGCGGAAAUCAGGCCACCAAGAACCUUGGAUGGUUGCCCGGAUGGUUUUGGCAGACCUGUACCGAGAUUGGAAUGGCCAUGGGAUCUCGAGGCUCUCCAAAUGACGUGUUUUGGGAUGAGAUCGGAAAUAAAACAAAAGAAGAAAUGAUGAUUGAAUCCUGCAAGGGCCUUAAAGAAUACAUCGAUGAUUAUGAUGUUAGCAUGCUCGACAUCGACGCCAUUGAAAUGCUUUAUGGCUUCAACGCAGGCGAAUCCACAAACCUCAUCUUGACCCAGGGGGACUUAGAUCCUUGGAAAUCAGGAAGGCCAACCCUUCCCAAAACAGCGAUCAGUCAGCAACUAUUCGAUUUCACAAUUGAUGCAUCUGCACAUCAUCUUGACCUCCGAUGGCCAAAUUCUUGUGACCCUGAGUCUGUCGUUGAAGCAAGAAAACAGGUUAAUUUUUUUAAAACUUUUUUUACGGUUUGAUGUAAAUUUAGAUCUACAAGAUUUUGAAAUGCUGGACUAAUCAAGAUGAAGUGACGUGGAGUUGUGAUGGCAACGAUCUUAUUAAACCAUUGCCAAGAGUAUCGACGUAUGAAAACAGUAAAGAAACGUGUGAAACGAUCUAUGACUAUAAUUGGAACAGUAGCGGAUUCCUGCCCCCUUCUUUUACUUUUGCAAUUGCCAUUGCUCUGUUCCUCAUUUACGAAUUGUGAAUUAAAUUUAUCCAAGUAGGGUCGCAAUGUAAACAGGGCUUUGUCCGACGUCAAAUUAUCUGAAUUCCCACAUGUUUGUUCAGGACCCCACAUUGUUGUAGAUUGAGUUGGGGCAACAAAUUGUUCAUUUUCAGCUUAUUCAGCAUGCCCAUUUUCUUUCGUUUUAUUAUUUUAGUCCUACAUUUAUCUCUAUUGGUUCAGAACUCUGACGCUUCUUUCUUAGAUUGGGCCAAAAAUGCGGCCAAGGCCAAUGGGAUAAGCGUUGACAAUAACAGUUAUUCGUAUACGGAACAAACAGAAUUUGUAUAUUUUACGGAAAGAAUAUCGUUUACCGAAGGGGCACAACUCUAUUCAACGGCGCCUUCCAUGACUACAACCAGUCCCUACAACUCAACAAGUAAGAGUUAUAUAAUAAUUUAAGGAUUACUCUACUUCAGAGUGCGCAAAUGAUAGAGCCUGGGAUUGUUAUCCAAAACGAGCUCAAUGUCAUGUGCCUGUCUACUUCAACUUGAUGAAAAAGUUGUGCGCCACAACUUGCCAGUCUUGCAUCUGUAUGGACAGGGACCUCCGAUGUAAGGACUUUGUUGAGAAUGGAUUCUGCAGAGUCCGUUUCUACUCCCGCGAAGUGAAAUUACUUUUCUGUGGAAAGAGUUGUGGACUAUGCGAUUAG